CCUCACGUCUCUUCCCAUCCGGCGGGCCCGAGGGGCGGGCGCGCGGGCGGGGCGGCCAAUCAGAGGCGCCCACGACCCGCACCCCGGAGAGGUUGGGAGGCGGUGUCAGAGCGGGGCCGGGGGGAGGGGGGUUAGAACCGAUCCCUGGCGUCGCGGCGGCUGUCGGGGGUGGGAGGCAGCGGCGGCGGGGACGACGGCCAUGGUGUCUCCCGCGGCCUCCGCCGGCCGCCUGGGCUCAGCGCUGCCCUUCUUGCUCGUGCUCUUCGACCUGCAGUACCAGGGAGCUGAAUGUGGAAUAAAUGCAGAAGUAGAAAAACAACUUGAAAUGGGAAAGAAGUUAUUGGCUGCUGGACAGCUAGCAGAUGCUUUGUCUCACUUUCAUGCAGCUAUAGAUGGAGACUCAGAAAACUACAUUGCGUAUUACAGAAGAGCCACAGUGUACUUAGCCAUGGGCAAAUCUAAAGCAGCCAUUCGUGAUUUAAGUAAAGUGGUUGAAUUAAAGCAGGAUUUCACAUCAGCCAGAUUACAGAGAGGACACUUACUGCUGAAGCAAGGAAAAUUUGAUGAAGCAGAGGAUGACUUCAAAAAUGUGCUCAAAUCCAACCCCAGCAAUAAUGAGGAGAAAGAGGCCCAGACUCAGCUGACAAAAUCUGAUGAGCUGCAGCGCCUGCACUCACAAGCAUUAUCUGCCUACCAGCAAGAGGAUUACAAAGCAGCUAUUUCUCUUCUUGAUGAAAUCUUGGCAGUUUGUGUUUGGGAUGCAGAGCUACGAGAACUUCGAGCUGAGUGUUAUGUAAAGGAAGGGGAACCAAGCAAAGCCAUUAGUGACUUGAAAGCUGCUGCCAAAUUAAAGAAUGAUAACACUGAAGCCUUCUAUAAAAUCAGCAAAAUAUAUUAUCAGCUUGGGGACCAUGAAUUAUCACUCAGUGAAGUCCGGGAGUGUCUGAAACUGGACCAAGACCAUAAGCAAUGCUUCUCUCUCUAUAAGCAUGUAAAGAAACUCAAUAAGCAGAUUGAAUCAGCAGAGGAACUCAUCAGAGAAGGCAGGUAUGAAGAUGCUAUCAGUAAAUAUAAUUCAGUAAUGAAGACUGAGCCAGAUGUCCCAGUUUAUGCUACUCGUGCCAAAGAGAGGAUCUGCCACUGUUUAUCAAAGAAUCAGCAAGCUACAGAAGCCAUAGAAGUUUGUUCAAAAGUUCUGCAGCUGGAACCAACCAAUGUGAAUGCUCUGAAAGACAGAGCAGAAGCUUACUUGCUGGAAGAUCUGUAUGAAGAAGCUAUUAAAGACUAUGAGACUGCUCAAGCCAAUAGUGAAAAUGACCAGCAGAUCCGGGAGGGACUAGAACGUGCCCAGAGGAUGCUGAAGCAAUCACAGAAGAGGGAUUACUAUAAAAUCUUAGGAGUAAAAAGAAAUGCUCGAAAGCAAGAAAUCAUAAAAGCUUACAGAAAGCUGGCAUCCCAGUGGCACCCUGAUAACUUCCAGAGUGAGGAAGAAAAGAAGAAAGCUGAAAAAAAAUUCAUUGAUAUAGCAGCUGCUAAAGAAGUCCUCACUGACCCAGAAAUGAGGCGGAAGUUUGAUGCGGGAGAGGACCCACUGGAUGCAGAGAGUCAGCAGGGUGGGGGAAACCCAUUCCACAGGAACUGGAACACGUGGCAAGGAUUCAACCCCUUCGGUUCUGGAGGAGGACCAUUUACAUUCAAAUUUCACUUCAGUUAGGGCCAAGACUGUUUCUGGUGGCUGCUGCUGUUUUUUUACCUAAUUCGUUGAAAAAUAGUAAGUCUAUCAGUUCAGGACCCAAAAUCUCAAUUUCUGAUGUUGUCCUUAACCCAGAGUCUUACUGCACUAGAAAGAAGCAAGCUCCUUCUUUCUUUUAGUGUUCAGAGAGUUUGCUUUGUGGUGAACUUGAGAAGCCCAUCCUGGUUGGGGGGAGGGGGGGUUUAUUACUGCCUAUGUAUUUGCUGUGGAUAUUCAGGACAUUUAUUCCUACGGAUGGAAAAAACAGUUAAGAGGCUACUUAGGACAAGACUUCAACAUGAAUUUUAGGACUCAAGUAUAUGCUUAAAAGUAAAAAUGCAUGUAAAUAUUUUUUUCUGAAUCAGGGGGCCUAAUAAACAUGGAAAGGGUAGUUAAGGAUCUUUGUCAGUCAUUGUGCUCAGCAGAAGGAUCCAUCUCUCAGUAUUCUUAAAAAGGAAACCCUGGUGACCACCUGCUGUGUUGUGUGCCAUAGCUAGGGGUGAAGAGGCUGCCUGUGCUGAAUGAGUCUGAACAAUCGCCCUGAAAGAAGAUCAUUUGUAACUAAUUGUAUUUGAAAAUGUCUACUCACUUUAUUCAUUAACCUGAAAUGAACUGGGAUGAUGCCUUUGGUGGUAAUUAUCAAACAUGGAAGUAAAAAAAAAAAAAUCAUAUACCUGGUGUUUUUUCAAAAGACUUUUUUUCGGAAUGUUGAUUUGGGAUGUCAAGGUAUGGUUUUUGAGUAGUUUGCACUUUAACAAGGUAUCUGCUUGAGAUUUGAGGGGAAAAAAAAAUAAGACUGGUAUGACAUUUCCCCAACUAUGCAGCAAUUUGUUACUUCUCUGUACAGAACUGCUACAGGUUGUGAGGCCAGUGUACUACAGACUAACUCCAGCCUUCCUCUGUGAGACGGCUCCAUUCCUCCUGAGUGAUGCACCAGUGAGUUAAUAAUACUGUGUGGAAUUGUUUGAAGUAAUGUUUUGUAUUGUUUAACAGCUAAGGUACUGCAGAAACAACUGCCUGUGUGAGAAAAGGACUAACUUCUCAUUAGCCAAAAGUCUGAUUUAUUUUUCCUUUUAUACAUGUAGCUAGAAUUGGUUUAGUGUAUUGAUCAGCCUGUGUGAGUGCAACGUGAGGUAUUGCCAGGGCUGUAGCUGCUGUAAAUAGUCUUCUCCUUCUGUAAUCAAAUAUAUCAUAAUUACUGAUGAGUUUCAGCUACAGCCAUUUUCUUGGAAGGCAGAAAUUAGUUCAUUAAUGUUUCUUGAUUGGAUUUUAACUGGAAAACAAUACUCAGUGGAUAGGAAUCUUCUCUCCCUUCAGCUCGUGGCACUGGAAGGCACAAGCAGCUUCAGUAAAAUGAAUGAAGUUAGCAGGUAAGGCCUUCAGUCUGAAAAUGGGCUUGUUAUUACUGUAAUUGGAGUUGCUGUUGAAGCAUAACCCUCGUCUCCUGCCUCAAGUACUUUGCAGACAUGAUUGUGAGGCCGUGUGGCCCUGUAAAAUAUUCUUCAACAGUAAUGUAAAGGUCAGUGUUUGUUCAGCAGAAAUUUAUCUUCAAGCUGAAGAGUGUUUGUGGUGGUUUCUUACAGUUUGCGGUACAAAAAAACAUUCCCAGCAGCCUGUUGAACUCCAGUGUCAGAUAUUUUCCAAGCUGAAUAACAUUCUAGAAAUGUGACUUGUGCUUUGGACCCAACAGAAAACUUUUUGUUUAACCUCUGUAGAGGAUGCUCAGGACACUGCCGAGGCCGUUCCAGGCAAGCACUGUUCUUGCAGGACCUCUAGGGCUCAGACAUAGGAACUUGCUGCACAGUACAUGACCUGCACACCAUGGCACCAGCUCAGUGCAGGCAGCUCAGUGCACAUCUCUGCUCACAGGGAGAUGGGGAGGUGGCUGUCAGGGACAGCCUGGCUGUUGUCACCCCUCUGUCCCCAAGGGCGGAGCUGGACCCAGUCACCUGUGCAUCACCAGCUGUGUGUGUUUGGGUGUGAUGGAGCCAUGGCUCUGUGUGAACACUUAUGUAUUGCCUUGUUUACUGCAGAAGGGGAAGGUUUUAAAUUAACACUGAGUACCCCGUGUGAGCAAUGUGGCAUCUUCUGUACAUCCUGGAGUGGUGCUGGGUUUCAGGAAGUCCCAGGAAACACAACUGGCAGCCAAGUUCAUGUGCUAGGGAAGUGCUAGGAAUGAAACAUCUCUUACAGGACUAACCUUGCUCAGCCUUUUUGUCCUCAUCCCUUCCACUUCUCUGUUUUAAAGGCUGUAGCUGAGGAAAUUGUUUCCUGGAUUUUAAUUUUUUUUUUUUUUUUAAAGAAAGGAAGGAAUAAGGUGGUCGGUCCCUCAUAAGUUAAUUAUUCACACACUGAUGUUAGAGCAGUGUGUAGUUGUUUCUCCAAGGGAAUGGACAGUUCUGCUGUACACUCGAAGUGUUCAGGAUCAAAAAAGAUUCUUUGUUUAUUUUGAGAAUGAGUGGGAAAAGGAGAAUUACACAUUAAGAUAAAAGCUUGCACGUAGUCAGUAGAUGAUGGUAACUGCAGAAAUGCUGCUGGUGGAUUCCUUCUGUGGAAGGCAGUGUCUUGGAAACAAAGGCAACAAAUGACAAUGGAGAAUUAAGGCUUUCUGAUACUAAGCAGCUGCUGAUUACCAGAAGUGUCAUCACCCCAGAGCUGUUCGUAGCGGAGCAGAUGCUCUGAGGUGCUUCUGAAAACACAGAGGGACAAAGUUGUGCUGGAAUGAAAGCAUUUGCCUUUCAAGGAACUUGGAGUACGGUGUUGGGUGUCCUGAUGUGACUUCAGAAAAGGAGGGGCUGGUGACACACUGAGCAUCCGUGGUGCAAGCGAUGUAGGAGGAAGCUGAAUUUCCUUUUUAUUUAUUAGUGGGUGUCUGUAGUGCAAUAAUGUUCAAUAACUGAACACUGAAAUAAAUGUCUUGGUAUUUCGUAAGCCCUGAGAUGUGCAUGAAGCGUUGUGGCAAUAAUUGGCCUACAUGUAGAUGCAAAUUUGCUCUGUUGAAUUCUCAUUUUUAAUAAACUACUUUCCAACUUGUUUUAAAUUGAAGGCGGGGGGUUGCAUAUUUUACUUGAUACAUGCAUAAUACUGAUGUAUUAAUCAAUCAGUAUUAAAACAGAUUCAAAGUGAACCAUAAACUUAAGAGCACAGACUUGUGACAUACACAGAAAAUGUGUCAGCUUAAACUUCUUUUUUAAUUAUUAUUAUUAUUAUUAAAUAAAGCUUGUUAUAGUUUCAUUUUUCAGACCAGUGCUUGAAAUACAAAUAAUUCUUCUGUUUAGGGUUGUGAUUUGUAGGAGCUUUGCUGGAAAUGAGCCAGUAUAGCACAGCAGGUUAGUUGUAUUUAAAAGUGCCUUAUUGUAAGGUAUUGUUUGUUUGCUCAGUAAUACACACGUUUAUCCAUAACAGGAAAAAACUAUAGGAGAAUCUUUUUUUUUUUUCCUCAGCAAAUUUCAAAGUAGCAGUUUUAUGUUUUUAGGAAGGGUGAGUGAAGCUAGCCAGGGAUUUGUCAAAUGUUUGAAAUUAUAAAUGUCUUUAUAUGAAAUCAUAAAUCUAAAAAAAGCAAGAACUGUUUUUUCUAGAACUGUGGGAAUUAUUUUAUGGUAUUUUUCACAAUAAAGAUAUUUAUGAUGACAAGAAA